CUUUUUUCAUUAACACUGUCAGUUUUUAAGGUGCAAACUCUGGUGUAUGUAGGUUGCCGUGUAGUAAUGGAAGGAAGUGGCAACCGUGCGGGCAGGUGGAGGCGUCGCUGGGUCGGAGCCUCAGUUGCCAAACACAGGUGUUGUGGAGUGUGUGUCAGCCAAGUACUGCGUAGUUGUACAGGGGUGGCCAUUACUUAGGUGACUGAAAAUACAUCACUCUUGUCUAUGGCUAAUCACUACCGGGUGACAGUUGAUGCAUAAAAAUAUAACAAGACUUUCGACCCCCUGUAAAGGCCUGAGGUGCAGAGGACGCGCCACUGAGCCUCCUGCCGACCGUGUGAUGGUGUAUACGUAAUAAGACUCGCCCCUCUUUUGCAUGUGGGGUCGCUACAGGGGAGAGACGCCGCCCUGCUGAGUGGCUUAACACGCGGCACAGCUGACGGAGAACAGACAGCAGGAGACACGUAACGGAGCCAGUCUCACCCCAUCACUCGGGAUAACAAGCUGCUGGAGGCGCUGACGGAGGGAUAGCUGAUGAGACUGAACGAUGAGUGAUGCUAGGAAGAACAGUGAGAAGUGUGUACGUGAAUGAGUGAAAAUUAGCAACCACGUGGGAAAAAAAAACGAAAACAAAGUGAACAAAGCGGAGUGAUUGAGUGAGUGAGUGAAUCAGCGGCUUGGAAAAGUGUACAGGAAGCAUAGAGUGUAUUACAUAGGGAAGGGGAGGAACUGUUGCCGAGAUCUGGAUGAAUUGAAGGAAAUCUGUCCAUUACGUGUUCAGCAUGGGAGUCCCUCUACGCCCCGCCCUCCUCGCGUGUGUGCUGGCCACCUUCGCCCCCGCGCCAGGACAGACGUUGGAAAUCCUGCAAGUGUCGCUGGAAGGCGGAAGAACGGACUACCUGGAGGUGGAAGCAAAUGUAGAUUAUACCCUGAACUGUGAAUACCGGACGCCGUAUGACGACCCCGUGAAGGAGGUGCUGUGGAUGAGGUUUGGGAAGCCCUUCUACAAGUGGGGCGGCAGUGGGAGCCCUACUGUACUGGACACAGACUUCCUGGGCGUGGUGAACACUUCGCCUGACACGGACCCCCACAACGUCCACUUCAUCGCGCCCGUGCACUACAACCUGGACGGAAUCUACGUGUGCCAAGUGUUCACCAAUGCUGCCACCGCCAAUGCCUCCUAUAACCUGCAUGUCGUGGAUGGAGGUUCCUGGCCGACCGUCAUGACGGUGGAGGCCCUCAGCAAAAUAAUGUCAGAAAACGACACCGCCACAGCCAGUGACAGUAGCAGUGGUGGUGACGGAGCGGAGGACGGAGACAACAUAGACCAGAAUAAAUAUGAGGUGGACCAGACUGGCGGAGACGAUACCGAAGUGGCUUUUGAGAACAAAGACUGCACGUUGGUGUGGUCUCUGUCCACCCCUGCCAUCUACCCGCGGCCCAACGUGACGUGCGGCCACUACUCCUUCGAUCACGAGGACGUGGUGGAGCGGCUGCCGGCUGGCCUCACCCUGCACAAAUACCCCAACGGGUCUUGGACUGCCUCCUUCACCGAUACGCAUGUCCAGGUGUCCAGCCUCCCUAAGAACCACCGGCUUGGCUGCAGCAUCCGCAUCCCAGACACCUCCUUCAAGAUGGUGGUGCGGGCUGAAGAUGACUUGUGGGUGGACAGCCUUAUCGAUACCGGCGGCUGCUCGGGGAUCCAUGAUCUCCAGGAGAGGGGCCUUAUCGUGGAGAUGAGAGAUGCCACUUACACCUGCAGGGGCGACGUGUUACCUGCUAGCAGAUCGGGCCCUGCAGUGGCCACUAUCAGUUGCCCUGAGGGUUACGCUGCAAUAUUCCCCGACCAGCCAAAGAAGACUUGGAUAGGAAGCCUAGAGCUGAGUUGCGCCGAGAACGACGUUGGGUGGCGCCGCUACACGCCGGAAGAGACAAUGCGUUUAGGGGACCUGGUGAAUCCAGAUUCCUUACCUAUCUGUGUACGAGGUCACUCAGGAGCAGCGUCUCAUUCAGGAAGCCUGUGCAGCCUCACCGUGGCCGUCACUCUAGUGUUGGGGUGGCUGCUUCAUGUCUGACCUCCAGCAGCAGUUUGAGCGAUCAACAUCAUGAAAGAUGUUAAGGACGUCAAAACCAAGCACUUCAGGUAGCCAGUAAUGUGUGGUUUACAAGUAGUGAUACUGACUGUGAAGCAUAAAACCUAAUAAUUUAAUUUGUGUAGAAUUAGUGAAGUAUUAUGUUGAUCUAGUGUUGCACUGUAUCGUAUACUAAGGUAUUUGUAGUGUAUUUUGGGUGCAUUUAUCAGUAUUGGAUUAUUUUCAUUUCCUAACAUUACGUAUUUUAAGUGUUAAUUUUUUUUUUUUUAUUUAUUUUUACUAACCAUGCACAUUUUUUUUUAUCCUGAGGUCAAAUACUGAUCAAAGUGUUUACUGUUAGGUUCAAACUUUUAGUAUUGAAUGAUUGGUGAUUAAUUUUAUAAGAACUUUGAGAUAACUCAUUGUAACAUGUAGUGUAUUAGCAUCAAGUGUAGUUUAUUUAUAUUCAUGUGAAUAAUUCUGAAAUAGAAUUAUUUUAUUCAUUGUCACUGAUGAUUAUGUAUCAUCAUUUGAAAUAUUGCUUAUAUUGAUAACAAGAUUCUUUUGUUUGUAUUUAUGAUAUACAUAUACUAUAACAGAACUCCAUAUUCAAUUAUGAAGCAUCUUACUAAGAUGAUGUGUGUGUGUGUGUGUGUGUGUGUCAUUCUUCUACAGUGGUCUGCUGGUCACCCAGCCAGAUGUUCCCGUAUGGAAAUAGUCCAGAGCUUGUACUAACCAACUUUCGGGUAGGACUGAGACCACUCGCAUGCCACACACUAGAAUAGUGAGGCGAUAACUAACUGGUUAGAUCAUGUACGUACCUACUUGCUUCUAGGUGAACAGGGGCUACACAUUAAGAAACUCGUACAUUUUGCCAUGCCAUACUUGGGACUCAAACCUACGGCUUCUCAUGUGUAAACCAAGUGUGCUAACCCCUACAUUAGAUUCCAUUUCCCAUUUUUUGCUCCACUGGUGUAUUUUAUUCAAAUCUUUUUGUAGCAUUUCACAAUUCAUGUCAUUUUCCAUUCGUUUCAGUAACUUUGCGUCAUCUGCAAAUAAGCUUAUAUAACUGUCCACCUCAUCAACCAUAUCAUUGAUAUACACUAUGAACAUUACAGGGGCCAGAACUGUUCCCUUUGGUACUCUACUUAUAACUCUACACCAUUUUGAUUCUUCACCUUUUAUCACUGUUUUCAUUUCUGUUUUUUAAAAAGUAUUUUUUUUUUAGAUCCAAGUACGUAGACACAUCUGCCCACCUAUCCCUCUCCUGAAUUAUAUCUAUUGCUCUGCUGUAGAAACUUAAUAAAUUUGUGACACAAGAUCUUCCACUUCUGAAACCAAAUUGUUGUUUAGUUAGUUAGUUAGUGUGUGUGUGUGUGUGUGUGUGUGUGUGUGUGUGUGUGUGUGUGUGUGUGUGUGUGUGUGUGUGUGUGUGUGUGAUUCACUUCCAUUGUGAGGAUUAUAUGCUGAUGAUCAGCAUUUAUAUCAUCCCAGUCAGAGCUCAGAUCUGUUGACAAGACUGAGUAGUUUUCCUUUCUGAUGAGAACUUAAUGCUUUUACAGUCUGAUGAGUAAGCUUGAGAUCUCUCAUACAAUGCACACUAAUUCCUUUUGUUCAAGAAGAGCAAUAACUUCGCUUAUUAGUAAGAACAGUAACCUGAGCAAGAUGCAAAAAGCUUGGCCUGCCAGGUAAUAGGUAGUGGUGGUACUACUGAGCUAGUGAACAGAGAACUAUCUACCUUUGUGUCAAAUACUUUUAUUUAAUGUAGUCUUUUUCAUGUUUCUCCUACAAAAAAUGUAUCAGUGUGCUGUGAAAUAUCCUUUACUUUUACUGGCUUCUUCAGCUUCAAAAUAGAUAAUUACAUAAAAGUUGCUGAAUGUGUGACUGGGACAAGUGCUGAAGGGGCAUCAAGAAGUAUACAGUGUUUUGGAAGGGGAUAAGCUUAAUUUCUGAGGAUAGAGGAUGUUUUUAGAAUACAUAAUGCUGAAUUGGGUGCACUUGUCACAUUUUCACACACAGUACCUCAUAUGUAAUAGUAAUCAUAUAUAUAUUUAUAUUAUAUUUAAAGCUAAGGUCCCAAACAUUGAUUAAUCCAUGUUUCCUGUAUAUAUUUAGUUUUUCACUUAUAUUGUUAUAAUGCAGAAAAUUUUGAAGAAUCUUUUAUCCAUACUUUUUUUUUCUUCUAAAAUUAUACUCUUGGCUAAGAAUUUUUUUAUGCUGGUGCUCUCCCUAGAUGCAGCCCUGACUUGGGUUUCUUUCAGUGUAGUGUAUUAUACAAGGUGUUCUGUGAGUUUAGGUUACUUUGGGAUUUGAUUGAUCAACUAAUUCUUAAGUUGAAAAUAUUCUACACACAUAUGUAGUAUACCUAUGUUGUGUUUUGCUUUAUUUGAGAGGAAUUACCAUGCAAGUUUUGUGUUCAGGAACAACUCAUCUGGAUAGUAUAUACAGUACCUACAUACUCAAGUUGUGCCGCGCAGCAUUAGGUGUUAAUUUUUUGUACACAGUGUAUACAAUGAAAACCUUACUGGUAACAGUUAACUAAUGACAGAUAAAAUUUUUUCAUGUCUGUAAAGCAAAUGUUGAGUAACACACCAAUACAAAGAUUGUUAAGUGCUACUUUUUAAACAUAUGUGACAAUUCACUGUGUCAUCCCCCUCAGCACUCAACAGUUGACCACUCGAAUAUGUAGCCAGCUGAGGAGGGAAAAAAGGAGGUAGUGGCCCACCUAGACAAGUACUUUUUGCAACACCUAAUGUAUAUAUUAAUUUUUUGCAAAAUAAAGCAAAACAGGAUAGUAUAUUCAACUUGUAAUUACUUGAAUUCUAUCAAAUCCUGAAGUAUGUAACCUGACUCACAAAAUACUCUGUACUCUGAGAAUUUCCUCCUAAGAAAUAUAAGUUUGAGGAGAAUCAGGAUCUCACAACUAUGAUUUUGAUAGAAGCUAAGUGCAAUGUGCCCCAGACAACACUCUGUGUAGUGGAGCGUUGGUGGCAGUAAGUUGUUUCUAAGUUCAUUAUUGUUCCUUAAGAAAAGUCAUGUAGAACUUUGUUGUAAUAAAAAUUUGGACUUCCAAUAGAAAGUGAGAGUCACAGAUACAGUACUUAAUGGAAUGAAUAUACAGUAUACAUACAGUCUUUUUGUUCUGUCAGUGAACACAGGCUAAGCUGUCACAACAUCUGUUUUCUAUGUAUAAAUAAAUCGAUGAUAUAGUGUAUCCAUAUCCAGCAUCCAGUCACCAGUUGCUUGUAAUAUGAUGAGCCUUUCCACUCUCCAGUUGGCCUAUGACUUUUCCACAGAGUUUCAGACUUAACUGCUGUGCUAAAAGGGAAAAAGAGGCAGGAGUUGUGGUUUUUAGAUCAACUUAAUCUGCAGCAAAUAUUUGAACAUUACUUACUUAAAACUAUAGUAGUGUCUUUAAGUGCUUAAGAAUGACAAUACCCAGUGUUUUGAAUAAAUUCUGCCUUUGGCAGACUGGUCUCCAGUUUACUUAGUUACCAUUAUUGUAAAUUGAAAGUGUAUAGAAUUAUGUGUUUCUGCAGCCUAAAGUUGCCAAAUGAAGCUGAACCAUGAAUUUCAGUUAUUAAAGCCAAAAUUAAUGGUAAUUACAACCCAGCACUGUGAUAGUAAAUUUGAUAUUCCAUGUAAUUUUUGCUAGUCUAUUUUGGUGUGAGUGCUUAGAAUUUUAACACCAUGUAUGAAAAAACCCGACAUGCAUACAUUUGUUUUGAUUUAUUUAGAUUAUGACACAAAAAGGAAAUUGAUAUGAACACAUUAUGCCUUCAACAUGCCACAUACCGAAGUACUACUUUUACUUCAUGGUGUGUUUUUAGUCCGAGUGCCAUCACACUAAAGGGCUCAUCCAUGUGUGCAAGGUAGUGUCAAAAUUGUUAGCAGAUUAUAAAAUAAGUAGACCAGCAUAUUAAGAUUUUCUGUUUAUUAUUAUUUUUUUCCCUCUUUGUUGGGAUGCAAACCUCUAGGAGAAGAAUUUGUAACCCUUUAGUCUUUUGCAUUUAAGUUGCUAUUCACAACAUAUCUAGUGGGAAUCCAUGUUUAUUCAGAGUCCAUUUGUGUCAUUUAUAAGUCUAAUCAUACCUUAAUUGUUAAUCCAAUACAAGGAUUUGUAGUAUACAUUGUAAAGUAAAUAUUUGUGGAAUAUAUGCAGUUAUGCUUGAAUACAUCUUUACAUAAU